CUCAGAACCAUGGCAAACAGGGCAUACUUGAUGGAGUCUUCCAAUUACGCAGAUUUGACAAUCAUCUCUCAAGGAGUCGAGUUCCAGGUUCACCGGAGCAUCUUGUCUAUUGUUCCAUACUUCAAAGCUUUGUGUGAGGGUGGCUUUCAGCAAGAGGCGGAGGUACGAACAUCUGAUUUGUCGGACCACCAUCCUGCAAUCAUAAGCCGAAUCCUAUUCUAUCUUUACACUGGCGACCUAGAGGAGGAUCAGGUUCCCACAGUCUAUAAAGACCGCGUCGCGGAGAUUGACUUGCUUUUGCCCGCUAGCCGUCUGGAAAACAGAAAGCGAGACUGUAACGGAAAACGAGUGAAAACGAAUGUAGACUUCCCACACUUGGCAAAUCGCCUCAUGCUAAUUUCCAUGGUGUACAGACUGGCAGACAUGCUCGGAAUGGAAGAUCUGAAGGAUACGCCGUUUUUUCCGUUGCCAGUCAAAUCUUUCUCGCCAGGCAUUUUAAUAUCCCGAAUUCUCCCUUCCGUUGAACACCUUGUUGAAAAGCGCUGGAGAAGGAGACAGGAUAAGACUCCAAAGUGUCUUCUUUCUGGCCCAACCUCACCAUACAAGUCCCCUGCUGCCAGGGACCAUUGACGUAGUGAAGGAAUACGAGCCGGAAGCCUGGAAGAUCUGUUGCGAGCAGCUUGAA